GUGAAUUGCAUUCCGGGACAGAGAGACAGAGGGAUGGUGUCCAGUACGAGGUUAGCGGUGGUCCUUGGCCUCGCCGUGCUCUCUGGCAGCCUCGUGCAGGCCCGAUUCGUGAUUGAGCAGGGCGGUCUGAAGAUUUCGUUCCCGAAGGCAGCUGCGAAGGCGCACCCAAAGGGCUUUGACAUGAGUCUAGCAAAUUUUGGAGCUCCAAAGUAUGGAGGAUCGCUGAUGGGCAAGCUGGUGUAUGUGGACGCGGAUCACGGUCAUCCGAACACCUGCAUUCCUAGCUGCAACUAUGCAUGCCAACCAUUCUCGCAAGCGAGCCCUCCCUUCAAAUUAAAUCCAUCAACGAAUCCGGACAGACCGGGGCAGCGAACCAACUACAUCAUGCUUGUAGACCGAGGCCCACUCGAGGACGACAUGGCUCCCUGCAAAUUCGCGGAGAAGGUUUGGAAUGCCCAGGAGGCAGGAGCCCAGGGGGUUGUUGUGGUGAACUAUGAGGACAAGCACACAACCAUGGAGGCCCCAGAUGACCAGGAUGAGAUUUCAUACAGGUAUCUGCGCAACAUCACCAUUCCAGCGGCGUUCAUCACCAAGUCGGACGGCCAGGUGCUGAAGGACCUGUUCAAGAAGACCCCCGGCAAUGCUCAGCCGGACGAUGUGUACGUGGUCCUCGACUGGAAUGAUGUUCUGCCACGUGCCCGCAAGGUGGAGUGGGAGUUCUGGACCAACAGCAAUGACAUGUGCGGCGCCGUCUGCGACGUCCAGAAGGAGUUCAUCAAGGAAUUUGUGCCAGUAGCGCGGGAGCUGGAGGGGAACUGGACGCGCUUCACGCCGCACUACAUCGUGUGGGUGUGCCCCGAGUCCUACCGCUCCUCCGACGAGUGCCAGUCCCAGUGCAUCCACAACGGCCGCUACUGCACCCCCGACCCCGAUGGCGACCUCCUCGCCGGCUACUCCGGCAAGGACAUCGUCCAGGAGAACCUACGACAGCUGUGCGUGUUCAAGCUGGCGAAUGAGAGCGGCGUGCCGUGGAAGUGGUGGGAGUACAGCACCAAGUUUGGCGAGCAGUGCAAGAUGGUUGACAACCAAUACAACGAGGAGUGCGCCGAGCGGGUGUUCAACGAGCUGGAGGGCAACACAUGGAGCAGCCUGGCCAAGCUGCGCGCAUGCAUCGGUGACGUGGCCGCCGACGCCGACAACGCACUGCUCGAGUCUGAGAUGAAGCGCCAGCGCGGCAACAGCGACACCGGCGAGGUGUACAUCCUGCCGACAAUCCGCAUCAACGACGGGCAGUACCGCGGCAAGCUGAGCUACACGGAGGUCCUGCGCGCAAUUUGCGCCGGCUUCACCAGGAACGCAGAGCCCAAGGCGUGCAUGCGCGUGGCGGUUGACGACUCAUGCCGUGACGGAUCCCUCGGGCACUCCACCUGCGCCGCCCGGAAGGACGGCAAGACGAAGUGCCAGAACACGUUCAGCGGGUACGAGUGCGUGUGCGGGCCCGGCUUCAUCCUGCAUGUGGGCGAGGGCGGCAAGGAGAAGUGCCUCAACAUCAACGAGUGCGUCUCCACUGAGGCCGCCGACCUGGACCCCAAGUGCACCUGCGAACGCUGCGCCUGCAAGGACACCUACGGCGGAUACGAGUGCAUUGCCAACAUACGCGAUGACUGCGCGCAUGACUACGCCGGGUGCUGGCGCGGGGACUUCAAGGUCAACGGCAAGAGCCAGACCUUCCACGCCUGCAAGGACAACAUUGCCCUCUACAAGGACGCGGCGGCGCGCGGCAAGCCGCUGGAGGACAUUCCGCUGCACUCGUGCACGUGCCCGCCCUGCUUCACAGAGUACAUGAACAACGGCAAGAUGGAGUGCGUGCCCAAGUGCGAUCUCGCCACCUGCGACGCAGCCACCGGCAUCUGCUCUGGCGGCUUCGGCGGCUCCGGCGGGCUGCACUCAUGGGCGGUGGUGCUGAUAGUAUUCGCGUGCCUGGGGGUCGUCGGGGGUGCUGGCUUCGUGGCGUACCGGCUGCGCCUGCGCAGUGCGAUGCACCAGGAGAUUCGGGCCAUCAUGGCGCAGUACAUGCCGCUGGAGAGCCAGGAGGGCGUCAACGGAGAGCUCGCCAUGCCCCGAUCCCCUGCAACCAACGGCGCCGUGCCGCACACAGACGUCUGA